AUGCAAAGCCAUCUCGAUGGGUUCAUAGCUUCGGCAUGCGCGCAGGUUGCGGUGAAAAGGACCGAGUACUCACUCCUCUUUGGGUUUGCGUUCGAGUUCACUCCGCAGGUGGCUGCUUUUCCGAAUCGUCGGCGCCCUCAAGCCUAUCUGCUGGAUCUGCCCAUCACGGGUCAGUGCGCCUCAGUGUGCCUCCGCGGCCCGUUGGAGAACGCUAGCCGACCGCAUCCAGCUUCGCAGUCGGACACGGGCGCUAGCUUUGACUUUGGCUCUCGCUCUGCCGCAUGCGAGCAGAGUUGGAGGCUGCAAGCUAGAGCUUGUCGUCCGAAGUCGCUUCGUUUCGCACCUUCGCCGCUUCGCGUCUCCGCACUGAUACAGUCCAAUCAAUUCGACAACACGCUCCUUGGCCAGCCAGCCGCUGCGCCUUCAUUCCACCUCCUCCCCAUCCGGCUCUGGCUCUCGCUUAGAGCUCACCUUCACACACCCACUGUUGGCCCACAUUCCAUCCUUUUCCUUUUGAAAGAGCUUGCCAUUGCAGUGGCUGAAGCCAAGAUGCUCCAUUCGUUCCCUCCAUCCGUUCAUCCAGACCCGUUCCACUGCUCUUCGAGCAGCCCGGAUAGGCUUGUUCUGGCUUCGUACGUCGCCACACGUCCCAAUCCCUACACGAUCAAGUCGCAAAACACCCAGUACUACACCUCGCUACGAUCCACGGCGCAAUCAUCGUCGCUUUCGCCACGACGUGCGUCGCCUGGAGUGGCCAACGCCAUCACUACCUCCUCUGCACAAGUCGACUCAAUCGACAGAGCACACAGCUCGUUGCAGGCCGCAGCGAGAACUCCACGAUGCUAUUCCAAGCCGCACGGCUUCAGCCACUCACUCUAUCCUCAGCUCACCAUGGUCAAGUCCAAGAAGCGUCCCGUCAAAGGGCUUGUGGUGAGGGAGGAGCAAACGGUUGCUAAACGCACCAGCACCAUCAAACUCUCUCCGGCAGCGGUCAACAAGCGUAACGGGCAUGUUGCGGAGGCUGCAAAGCAUCGCGCCAGGACUGCUGACGCUGCUGUCCAAUCCUCGCCCACUCUUGACCCCAUGCUUCUGGAGACAGAGCCUUUGCGACCCGAGAUCGGUAGUCCCCUCUCGUCUCCCUCGCCCUCUCCAGCAACCCAGUCACGAACGCGCGCAGCCGCCAGGAUGCAGGUUCCCCGCAUCACCAUCCGCUCUCCCACUCCCGAGCUUGAUCCAGAACACCAACGAUUGCUCGGAGCAGAAAGAAGCGGCAGCGCGGCCACCAACAUGGAAGCGCCUGAAAUGCCCCUGUACAGCAAGUCGCUGCUAGUCGGACUGCAAGCCGACAUGGGCCGCGUCGAAGACGACAUUGAUGCGAUCCUGAGCAAGUAUCUCGAACCGCGUCAGUCGGUGCGAUCGAUCAGCAUCGAGUUUCUCCGAUCCCUCACCUCGUCCGUCUGCCGGCUGCACUCGUAUGUCGAAGAGGCACAUUCGGCGCUGGGAUUCGCCAAGCUGCGCGCCAUCAGCAGCCACCUCUUUCGACACGCGGUCACCGGCUUUAUCCACCUGCUCGAAGAUCCAAUCGCGCCGUACGAGACCGCCGCCAACCUCGCGUUGGUGUCGGCCAAGAUCGUGCACGACUUUGACAAGGCUACCGAGCUGUGCUGCCGUCUGCUCGGCGUGCCCAGCCAGGGCAAGGAGAAGAUCAACCACGGCAAGCUGUUUGCCAACGUGCUCAUGGGCGAGCUCGACAUCGUUCUCGAGAAAGGCGAGGCGAUGGUCGACGGAGACAACAAGCUCGCCCUGCCAGGCACGGGAGCAUUGGUCUUUGACGCGCCCAGCUGCGACAAGGAUGGACAAGAAGCAUGCUCAUUUGCAGGUGGCAGCGCGUGGAAGGGCCGGGCCAGCCUGCGCAAGCAAUGGGCACAGGAGGGGGAGGAACGCAACCAGUUUGCUGCCAUGGAUGUGGUGAGAUUUGUCGGCGAGCUCGGCGUUCAAGAGGUGGCUACGGUCGGCGUAGUGGCUCGCUGGCUGGACCGCUUCCUCACGCGCACUGCCUACAUCGACAUUCCCUCGGCGUGGGAGAUCGAGUGCGCCUGUGCGCUCCUCAUCACCGUCGGUGCCACGCUCGAUCGUCGAGCUUACCCGAACGCUCGAUCGAGGAGCUCGGGCGAGAGGGAAGAAAGCAAUGCACUGCAGCUGCAAGACGCCGUUGCAAGCUCACCGACAACAGAGGACACGGUGCAAGGUGACCCGGCGGCGAUCGAGACCAUGCAAAGGACCAUGCACAGGAUCGACUUUCUCGUCACGCACGCAGAGAUCAGCCCGGCCGCACGCGAGUGGCUCAUCGAGGUGGAGCGUCUACGAAAGAGAGGAUGGCGUCGCGACGACGACGUCCACUUGCCCGAUAUGUCUCUCUUCAGCAAUUGA